AAAAACGAACUACAGGGUUUAGGAUAGUACGUUGAGGUGCUGAACUGUGCGUUCUUAUUUCAAAAUCCGAACCUCGUCAUCCAAAAGCAAAAUCAGAGUAGCCGUGUUGCGUUUUCUUAUCUAGAAGACUGAAAAUGUUGCUUCGGCGAUUGCCGUGGACGGUGGUUUCCGCCGCCGCACCAUUUCCACUGCAUUCUUCCAUUGGAGUUUUCACUCCCAUUCCAAAGCAACUCGCCUUCUCCCCCUUAUCCUUCUGCUCCACCUCCGACCUCCAUCUCACUCACCAUCCAGACAAACCUGAACACGAACCAGAUAAUCGUCGCCCGCAGCAUCUGAAACCCGGUCUUUAUCUCGUCGGAACACCGAUUGGAAAUCUUGAAGACAUCACAUUCAGGGCUCUUCGAGUGUUGAACUCGGCAGAUAUUAUACUAUCCGAAGACACAAGGCACUCUGGGAAAUUGCUUCAUCACUACAACAUCAAAACACCCCUGAUGAGUUAUCACAAAUUCAAUGAAUCGCACAGGGAACAGCUUGUGCUCAGGAGGUUGAAACAAGGUGAGAUUGUGGCACUUAUAAGUGAUGCUGGAACACCGGGUAUAAGUGAUCCUGGUAUGGAGUUGGCCAAAUUAUGUGUUAGUGAAAAUGUUCCUGUUGUUCCAAUCCCAGGUCCUUGUGCUUUGGUAUCUGCUCUUUCUGCCUCGGGUUUAUCCACGGAUGAAUUUACAUUUGUUGGUUUUCUUCCAAAACAUUCGGGAUCGAGAAGAAAAAGGCUCAUGGCUUCGGCGGAGCAAACAGCAACACAGAUAUUUUACGUUCCUCCUCACAAGCUUUCUCAGUUUCUCGAAGAGGGUUCAUCAAUUUUUGGUGAUACAAGGAAAUGUGUUAUUGCUCGAGAAAUGACAAAGUUUCAUGAAGAGUUUUGGCGCGGAUCACUUGGUGAAGCCAACCACGUAUUUUCUACUCGUCUGCCAAAAGGAGAACUUACCAUAUUGAUUGAAGGUCAAGCAAAUUCUAAAGCUGAACCUCCGUCUGACACCGAACUUGAGAAUGAGCUAAGAGAGUUAAUUGAAAAUGGCGAGAGUCUUUCCACGGCUGUUAAACUGGUUACUGGAAGAACAUCAGCCAGUAGAAAAACUAUAUAUUCACUUGCUUUAAGAAAAUUUGGCAAGCAACUUGAAGUGGAAGAUGAUUCUAGUUAGCAGCAGAUUCUUCUUGGAGAGAUGACGGUGGAAGGUUCAAAAUCAAAUAUUCGCUGGCCUGUUGCUAAGAUUCGUUGAGGAUCGAAUUGCAUCUUCAUGGCAUUGAAUUGGGUCCACUUAUCUCCAAAGUGGUCCUUCCACUCCUCUAGUGUUGUGUAAUGGGGCAGGUACUGUUUCACCUUGAUCUUCGAGUCAUGGCAGAAUCUCAGAAUCUGACGGUUCUGAUUAAUCAGGUACUCCAGUGUCUCAGCAUCCAAAGCUGAUCUCAGAAAUGCCACCAGGUAAAACACCUCCUCGUCUGGUGUCACCACCGAGCUCCGAUUCUCCCACCUAACACCAAAAUCUCAUUAUAACAACUGCUAUAAUAAGUUUAACCAUCACAAAAAUCAUGUUUUGGAUUUUUCUUUUCAUACAAUACAAGCAAUGAUGCAAAACAUUAUGUUAGUUGGAUUUACUUACUACGUUGUAACAAUUGUAUGACUUGUCAGAACAACGUGGAAUCUGCAGGUUUUUUUUAUUUAUUUUUCCUUAAUACAAAGGAUGGUAAUAAUUUUAUUUGUAAUUUUAGUUUAUCAAUGUAAUGUUAUUUUUUAUUAUAAUUAAUACUCUUAAUUGAUUGUUUUUUAA